GCAGCAGCAGCAGCAGCAGCAGCACCACAACAUGGCUACUUCCAUGGUAUACGUAUAAACAAUUCACUGUGUGACUGUAUCUACGAUCAUUGAACAGAAAAAAGGAUUCGGUGAACAUGGACUCAUAUCAGCACCGGGGUCCGUCAGAGAAGCAGCCGCCUCUUGUCUAUCCUGGCGGCUUUCUGGAGACCCCCUGCACCGCCAACAGGCCACCGCCUACCAGUGCGGCUCCUCAACCGCCACAGUGGGCACCUUCACCGGGAUCGACACAGCGGGACUACGCUGCUCCUCAGUGGACUCCUUCACCGGGAUAUGGGGGUCAUCGAGCCUACGAAUUAAAUUACCCCGCGCCGCCUCCCGUAGGAGGGGGUUUUGGAUGGCCUCGCUUGGCCCCUCCGUAUGGAUUUGACCCCUCGGUACCUCCGCCUCCCUUCGGCCGUUCCCCAGGCCACUUCUCGAACACUGUACCCUCCGCACCGGUAAACACAUACGGUAGCCUCCUGCAGCUUAGAGCUGGUCCUCACCCCCCCGAGUGUGACUUUCAGCCGGUGUCAGGAUCCGGUGAGAACCGUCAGCAGGAAUAUGAGGAUGUCCGUGAGGCUGGGACCCUAUUCGGUGGCCCUCUGCUUCCUCCUUUUAGUCAGGACCACCACCGGAGACUGGGAACAAUAACAGCUCAGCCUGAGGAUGAAGCCGCCUCACAAAGGAGGCAGGACACCGUGUGGCUCCAACGGUUCAUUCAAAGCAGGAGCAAAGUGUCGAAGAGCCCGCAGACCCUGGAGCAGCAGCAGCCACACCACAGCUGUGUUCACGCCUUGAGAGAGGCUGUGUACGGGGCAGCUCAGCUCCUCUCCGCACUCAAGGAGUCCUGUCAAACUCUGAAACACAACGUGGAGAAUGACGGUGUGUGGGCAGACUCCUACCCAACUGUUUUACACAUGAAACAGGAGCUCCAGGACAGAGUGAAGCUCCUUAGUCACGGAGACCAUUUAAAUGAACUAAAAGCUAAACUGAACCGUGUGGGGAAGAGGAGGGCCCGGAGACUGCGAGCCAGAGGUCUGCUGCAGCUGGAGGAAGAUCACAGACAGGAGCGCAUCGCUGAAAGAGAGGCUGCUAUAGAAACGUGGAGGAUGAAGCAGAUACAUGAGGUAGAGGAGAGGAAGAAGGAGCAGGAGCUGAAGCUGGCUGCAGACACCGUUCUCUGUGAGGUCAGGAAGAAACAGGCCGAUGUGAAGAGGAUGCAGGACAUCCUGAGAUCUCUGGAGAAGCUACGCAGGCUGAGGAAAGAGGCAGCAUCCAGGAAAGGGAUUGUCACAGAGCAGGACUGUGACGAGGCGUUUGGCCGUCGACUGGAGCAGCUGAGGAGUGUGAUGAAGAGGAGGACGAUGGUUUACUCAGCGGAGGAGAAAGCUCUGAUGGUGAUGCUGGAAGGAGAGCAGGAGGAGGAGAGGAGGAGGGAGCGGGAGAGACGGGUGAAGAAGGAGAGAGAGAGACAGCUGCACAGGAAGCACAGAGUGGAUGUCAUGCUGUUUGGAGAUGAGCUUCCUGUUGAUUCUUUCCUGCUGCCGUUCAGAGAAUAUUACACCCAGGCUCAACACUCACUGCACGCUUUAAUACAGAUCAGGAGACAGUGGGAUGUGUUUGUGGUUGCAGCAGAUCAUCCAGAUGGUUCUCCACUUCCCCAGACUUGGGUCCUGCCAGACCUCCCGUCAGACCAGGACUGGGCCUCUGCCCUGCAGACUGCUGACACGGACUGAGACAGACCCUGACUCACUGGAUGUACUGUCAACUAGAGCCUGAAGUACACCUGUCAGCUGAGUGUGAAGCCUGUUAGCAUGAAGCCAGCUGAGGAGGACGUGGACAUGACGGUUGUGGUAUCAUUGUACUAAAGAUGGACCAGGUUCUAAUCUCAACACACAGAUUUUUUAUUCACUGACUCUGACUCAGCACGGAAUAAAAAGUAAGAACAAGUUCAUGUUGUUGUUUGGUUGAGACAUUGACAGUUAUGCAUACAAUGUACACAGUCCACAGGUGUACAAAGGUGAAAUGAUGGAUGUCAACCUCCUGAGAAAAUUUAGAACAGAAACUGCAGGGACAUUUUAUUUAGUGAAAACCUAAAUCCAUUCAUAUAUAUUUUAUUUCACAGAUAAACAGCUGCUGCUGCUUCCUGUAGUUUUGGAGAAGGUGAAUAUCUCUCCAGCUUUGUUCAUAUAUUUCAUCAGUUUUUAUCUCAGUAAUAAAAACAUAUUGUUUUUGGAAGCUUUUUAUUCCUCUGCGCCGGUGACGGCCAGAGCCACAUGCAUAUUGUUUUCGGGUUGUCCCUCCAUCUGUACCUACAUCCGUCUGUCCCAUUCUCAUGGACACGAUAUCUCAGU